AUGAGGAGAUCGAUUGCGAUUUCGAUGACGGGCAAGAGAUAUAUUCAUCGGCUUACUCUGGCGAGAGGUAAUCCUGGAAGCAUUCCUGCUCUUUGUUGGAGACGAUCUUUUUCUGAUUACAGAGAGAUAUUGAGUAGGCGAAAUGGGAAAUUACAGGAUUUGAAGUUAGAUGAUGCAAUGGGUUUGUUUGGUAACAUGGUCAAGUCUCGUCCUUUUCCUUCAAUCAUUGAGUUUAACAAACUGUUGAGUGCCAUUGCCAAAAUGAAGAAGUAUGAUGUUGUCAUCUCCUUGGGCGAGCAGAUGCAGAAGCUGGGGAUUUCACACAGUCUCUAUACAUACAGUAUCCUCAUAAACUGUCUCUGCCGCUCUUCUCAACUCCCUCUUGCUUUAGCUAUUUUGGGGAAGAUGGUGAAACUCGGCUAUGAGCCCAGUAUUGUCACGCUUAACUCUCUUCUCAAUGGUUUCUGUCACGGGAAUAGGAUUUGGGAUGCCGUAGCUUUGGUUGAUCAGAUGGUGGAAAUGGGAUAUCAACCCAAUACGGUUACAUUUAACACUCUGAUUCAUGGUCUUUUUUUCCACAACGAAGCUUCAGAAGCAGUGGCUUUAGUUGACCGGAUGGCUUUAAAAGGCUGUCAACCGGACCUAGUGACAUACGGUGUGGUAGUCAAUGGACUAUGUAAGAGAGGUGACAUUGAUUUGGCUUUAAAUUUGCUCAAGAAGAUGGAGAAAGGAAAAAUUGAGGUCAAUGUUGUAAUCUACAGCACCGUCAUUGAUAGUCUUUGCAAAUAUAAACAUUUGGAGGAUGCUCUCAACCUGUUCAACGAAAUGGAGAAGAAAGGAAUUAGAGCCAAUGUUGUUACCUACAACUCCCUCAUAAGCUGCCUUGGUAAUUACAGUAGAUGGAGUGAUGCCUCUAGAUUACUCAGUGAUAUGAUCAUGAGGAAAAUCAACCCAAAUGUAGUCACUUUCAGCGCAUUGAUCGAUGCGUUUGUGAAAGAAGGGAAGCUUCUAGAAGCUGAGAAAUUGUAUUCGGAGAUGAUUCAAAGCAAGGAUUGCCUCCCAAACGUAGUGGCAUAUACUACUCUUAUAAAGGGAUUUUGCAAGUGUAAAAGGGUAGAUGAUGCUAUGGGGAUCUUCUGCGACAUGUCUCAAAGAGGAUUGGUUGGAGACACUGUCACUUACAAUACUCUUAUCCAAGGAUUUUUCCAAGCUGAUGACUGUGAUAAUGCCCAAAUGGUAUUCAAAAAGAUGGAAUCUGACGGUGUGCCUCCCAGUAUCGUGACUUACAACAUCUUGUUAGAUGGACUUUGUAAAAACGGGAAGCUAGAGAAGGCACUGGUGGUAUUCGAGUAUAUGCAAAAGAGUAAACUGGAACUCAAUAUUUUCACAUAUAAUAUUAUGAUUGAAGGGAUGUGCAAGGCUGGUAAGGUGGAAGAUGGGUGGGAUCUAUUUUGUAGCCUCAACCUUAAAGGAGUGAAGCCUAACGUUGUAACCUAUACUACAAUGAUGUCAGGCUUGUGUAGUAAACGCCUAUUAGAGGAAGCAGAUGCCUUGUUCAGAGAAAUGAAAGUAGAUGGGCCUCUUCCAGAUAGUGGUACAUAUAAUACGCUUAUCAGGGCACAUCUUAGAGAUGGUGACGAAACCGCAUCAGCAGAACUCAUCAAAGAAAUGAGGAGUUGCGGGUUUGCUGGAGAUGCUUCAACUUUUGGCUUGGUCAUUAAUAUGUUGCAUGAUGGGAGAUUGGACAAAAGCUUUCUGGAUAUGCUUUCUUAA